GGGAGGGCUGACAACCCCGUCCCUGAGGAGAUGCCCCCGAGGAGGAAGGAGGGAGCCACGGCAAAGCUGGGAGCGGCUCACGCCCAGCGCAAUCACACAAACAGCCCCUGAAUCCACAAUCCGCUUUGUGCUGUCGGCCACCUCACCCUCCCUGGGUGCGCCUGAGCCGCCUUUGCUCCCCCUCUUCUCUGUAACGUGAUUCUAAAACUACAUUAGAAACAUAAUAAUAAUACAGAUGUUUCAUUACAAUCCUGUUGUAAGCCCUGAUGUAUUAGAAGGGAUUUAUAACUGUAGGAAGGCGGGAGCAGGGAUGAUUACAGGGGUGCGCCUUGCGAGAGGGGCUUUGGGCAGCAGAAAUCCUUCCAUUCGCUACACAGGGUGAGGAGAGGAGCAACGCUGACGGAACCGAGAAGCCACCACUAAACGACCCGGAAAGAAAACGACAAUAACAAUAAUAACAUGACCAACCCACGGGCUUUACAACGCGCCGCCGUGACGGGUCCUCUGCAAACUGAACAGCAUGGCACAAAGCGCCCAGAACCAUCUUCUGCUAAAAGUUUGACUGAUAUAGGCACUCGGAGGAUCUUCUCAUCAGAUCAUGAUAUCUUCAGGGAGAGUGCCAGGAAGUUCUUUCAGGAAGAAGUGCUGCCUUUUCACACAGAAUGGGAGAAGGAUGGCCAGGUGAGCAGGGAGCUCUGGGAAAAGGCUGGACAACAGGGUUUGCUGGGUGUUGCUAUUGCUGAAAAACAUGGGGGCAUCGGAGCAGAUAUUCUCUCUUCAGCUGUGGUCUGGGAGGAGCAGAUGUAUGUUAACUGUACUGGCCCAGGAUUCAGCCUUCAUUCAGAUAUAGUCAUGCCCUACAUUGCAAACUAUGGUUCUGAAGAACAGAUUAAACGCUUUAUCCCUGAAAUGGUUGCAGGCAAGUGUAUUGGAGCUAUUGCCAUGACAGAACCUGGGGCUGGCAGUGACUUGCAGGGAAUACGAACAUAUGCAAAAAAGGAUGGAAGUGACUGGAUUCUUAAUGGGAGUAAGGUAUUUAUCACAAAUGGUUGGAUGAGCGAUGUCGUGAUCGUGGUUGCGGUUACAAACCGGGAAGCCCGAUCUCCUGCUCAUGGGAUCAGCCUUUUUCUGGUGGAAAAUGGAAUCAAAGGUUUCAUCAAAGGACGCAAGCUGAACAAGAUUGGCCUGAAAGCUCAAGACACAGCAGAGCUGUUUUUUGAAGAUGUGCGGUUGCCAGCCAGUGCCUUGCUUGGAAAAGAGAACAAAGGCUUCUAUUAUCUGAUGGCAGAGCUCCCUCAGGAAAGACUGCUAAUUGCUGAUAUGGCUCUUGCCAGUUGUGAAUUCAUGUUUGAAGAAACAAGGAAUUACGUGAAGCAAAGAAAAGCCUUUGGGAAGACAAUUGCACACUUGCAGACGGUACAGCACAAGCUGGCAGAAAUGAAAACGCAGAUUUGCGUGGGCCGAGCUUUUAUGGACAACUGUUUGCAGCUGCAUGCAGAUAAACGUCUGGACUCCUCCACAGCUUCUAUGGCAAAGUAUUGGUCUUCUGAUCUCCAAAACAACAUAGCUACUCAGUGUGUGCAACUGCACGGAGGAUGGGGGUACAUGUGGGAGUAUCCAAUAGCAAAAGCUUUUGUGGAUGCCCGUGUUCAGCCAAUCUAUGGUGGUACCAAUGAAAUAAUGAAAGAACUUAUUGCUAGAGACAUUGUCAGUGACAAGUAGGGCAGAUGCUUACUACUUUGGAGAGUCUUCUAGAAUCCUUUUGUGUCAAUAUAUGGCAUAAAAUCAGACAUCAGAAUGUAAGUAAAGCGAAUGUGGUGUAUUGUAUUCUUUCAAGGAAGUGUCACUUUUUAAAAAAAAGUGUUAGCAACAGUGCACUCGUAUGCAGGAUAUCUAAUAUUUAAUGAACUUUCACUUUAAAUAUCUUUGGACAACACAGAGUAGUUCUCUGGGUUCCAAAAGUUCUGGUAGUGAAAGGCAAUUUUGUGUCUGGAACAUUAUGGGUAGCUCAGUCUUUCAGACUUGAUGCCGUUAUAUUGAAUCUAACCCUCACUUUUCAGAAUCAAUCUCUUCUCCAGAGAAGCCAUGUUCUUAACAAAUAAACAAAAGUUAAACGUUCAUAUAAGUGUGAAUUUGUAUUUCCCCUUGAGAAGUAUCACUGUGGUGAAGUAGAACAUGAAACUUUGGCUGCUGUUCUUAUAUGCACACAUGGUCACUGCCCAGCAGCCACCAGCUGUAGGGGGAGGGAAUGAAUGUAUGACUGACCGCUAUGUUUGCCUGUAAUCCAGAAUGCCUUAUUUUAAUUACUUUCUCCACAUAAAAUAUAAUAAAGCAUUUCUAUGCAA